AUGGCUUCCGACGGCAUCGCCCCAGAGACAGACGUCAAGACGCCGAGAGAUGUAUGUGUUGUCGGGGUCGCACGCACCCCUAUGGGUGGUUUCCUUGGUGCCUUGUCUUCCUUGCCUGCUACAAAACUUGGCUCUAUAGCAAUUCAAGCUGCUCUGGAAAGAGCAAAUGUGGAUCCAGCCCUCGUGCAGGAGGUCUACUUUGGAAAUGUCUUGAGUGCUAAUUUGGGACAAGCUCCCGCAAGGCAAGCUGCUCUGGGUGCCGGGAUACCAAACUCUGUUGUUUGCACCACUGUUAACAAAGUCUGUGCAUCUGGCAUGAAAGCUACUAUGUUUGCAGCACAGUCAAUUCAAUUGGGUAUCAAUGAUAUUGUUGUGGCAGGUGGCAUGGAAAGCAUGUCCAAUGCCCCAAAGUACAUUGCUGAAGCUAGGAAGGGUCUCGUUUUGGUCAUGACACACUUGUUGACGCCAUGCUUAAGGAUGGGCUUUGGGAUGUAUACAAUGAUUGUGCCAUGGGAAUGUGAUGCAUUUGCUAUCCAAAGCAACGAGCGUGGAAUUGCUGCUCGCGACAGUGGUGCUUUUACAUGGGAGAUCGUCCCAGUUCAAGUUCCUGUUGGUAGAGGAAAACCCCCAACACUCAUUGACAAAGAUGAAAGCCUGGAUAAGUUUGACCCAGUAAAACUAAAGAAACUUCGCCCAAGUUUCAAGGAGAAUGGUGGUACAGUUACAGCUGGAAAUGCUUCUAGUAUAAGUGAUGGAGCUGCUGCAUUAGUUUUGGUGAGUGGGCAGAAGGCUCAAGAGCUUGGCCUGCAAGUCCAUGCAAGGAUCAAAGGAUAUGCUGAUGCAGCUCAAGCUCCGGAGCUUUUUACAACCACUCCAGCACUUGCAAUACCAAAGGCUAUCGCAAAUGCUGGAUUAGAGUCAUCCCAUGUUGAUUUCUAUGAGAUUAAUGAAGCCUUUUCGGCUGUUGCACUUGCAAAUCAAAAGCUUCUUGGGAUUCCUUCAGAAAAGAUUAAUGUUCAUGGAGGAGCUGUAUGUUUAGGACAUCCUCUCGGGUGCAGUGGUGCUCGCAUUUUGGUUACCCUUAUUGGUGUUCUCAGGGCGAAGAGUGGCAAGAUCGGAGUUGCUGGUGUUUGCAAUGGUGGAGGCGGAGCAUCAGCUCUUGUUCUCGAGCUCGCAUAA